AGCGCGAAUCCGACCGUUCACCACUGAGCCGUUUCGAAUCAACGGUCUGAAAUCCUCCCUACUUUUCAAACAAUUCGACCCUUAUCAAAACCCUAAGCAGAAUGGGGAAAGGGGGAAAUACAGACGUUGCGGCUGCUGCCUUCAAAGUUCAAAUUAUUUAUACCCUUAUCAACUCCCCCGUUUAUCCUUGCCAGCUUCUUGAUUCUCUCUUCCUUCCUUUCUUGUACCUGUCCAUAUCUCUCUUUCUUACUUUCUUAGAUCCAUAUCUCCUUCUAUCUCUACGAAGAUGCGUGAGAUUCUCCAUGUCCAGGGCGGCCAGUGCGGCAACCAGAUAGGAGCAAAGUUCUGGGAGGUGGUGUGCACUGAGCACGGCAUCGAUGCUACUGGAAGGUAUCACGGUGAUACCGAUCUGCAACUUGAGCGGAUCAAUGUGUACUACAACGAAGCCAGCUGUGGACGCUUUGUUCCCAGGGCUGUUCUCAUGGAUCUUGAGCCCGGCACUAUGGAUAGCAUAAGGUCAGGCCCCUAUGGGCAGAUCUUUCGCCCGGACAACUUCGUGUUCGGUCAGUCUGGAGCGGGAAACAACUGGGCAAAGGGACACUAUACUGAGGGAGCCGAGCUCAUAGAUUCCGUGCUCGAUGUUGUCCGCAAGGAGGCUGAGAACUGUGACUGCCUGCAAGGAUUCCAGGUUUGUCACUCACUGGGAGGAGGAACUGGAUCAGGCAUGGGAACCCUUCUGAUAUCCAAGAUCAGGGAGGAGUACCCAGACAGAAUGAUGCUUACAUUCUCCGUCUUCCCUUCUCCAAAGGUCUCAGAUACAGUUGUGGAGCCCUACAAUGCCACUCUCUCAGUCCACCAACUUGUGGAGAACGCUGAUGAAUGCAUGGUCCUUGAUAAUGAAGCUCUCUACGACAUCUGUUUCAGGACCCUUAAACUCACUACUCCUAGCUUUGGGGACUUAAACCAUCUGAUAUCUGCAACAAUGUCGGGAGUAACAUGCUGUCUGAGAUUCCCUGGUCAGCUCAACUCCGAUCUUCGGAAACUAGCUGUUAAUCUCAUCCCAUUCCCGCGCCUGCACUUUUUCAUGGUUGGCUUUGCUCCCUUGACCUCCCGUGGCUCGCAGCAGUACCGCGCCCUCACUGUUCCGGAGCUCACUCAACAAAUGUGGGAUUCAAAGAACAUGAUGUGCGCCGCAGACCCAAGGCAUGGACGCUACCUCACAGCUUCUGCCAUGUUCCGUGGCAAGAUGAGCACCAAGGAAGUGGAUGAACAAAUGCUGAAUGUGCAGAACAAGAACUCAUCCUAUUUUGUGGAGUGGAUUCCCAACAAUGUCAAGUCAACAGUAUGCGAUAUCCCGCCUACUGGUUUGAAGAUGGCAUCUACUUUCAUCGGAAACUCCACUUCGAUACAGGAGAUGUUCAGAAGGGUGAGCGAGCAGUUUACUGCAAUGUUCAGGAGGAAGGCUUUCUUGCAUUGGUAUACAGGAGAAGGAAUGGAUGAGAUGGAAUUUACAGAGGCGGAGAGCAACAUGAAUGAUCUAGUGUCAGAGUACCAACAGUAUCAAGAUGCUACUGCGGAUGAAGAGGGGUAUUAUGAAGAGGAAGAAGAAGCUCAGGAAGUUUGAAAGGAAGGGAGCUGCUGCAACUUCCAGUUGCAAGCUGAGCUCAGCUUGUAACUGAGCAGAGCUUCGUAAUCUUGGUUGAAUGGGUGCAGUAUUGCAGUAGUUAGUAGUUUAUCUUGUUUUAAUGUUCUGUUUAGCUCCUGGUUGAAACUUCAUUAGCUUUUUCUUUAAUUAUAUGUUAUUGUCAUCUUGAGAUUAGGAUGAAUUGUUAUGAAACUGAAACUCUGGAUUCAACCUUUUGUGCAA